UUAAAUACUUUUGCUUCUAGUUGUUUAGUGCUUUUCUCGUGUUUUUCAAUUUGAUCUGUUUUUGUUGCAGUUAUGUUUUUAUUCGUAUUACUUCUAAAGAAUACGUCUUAAUGCUUUUCAUAAAAUGUCGCGAGUGUUAUCGUCAUAUAUUACUAAGCUAAAUCAUCCGCUCAAAGAGAUAAGAGAACGUGCACUUAAACUUUUAAGGGCAAAGUUAGAAUUAGGAUGGAAACUAGAGGACGAAUUGUCAAACACUAGAGAAAUCCUAGAGGCUUUGUUGGCUUGGUUUCAUGUUCCACAACCACCAACGUUGCAACGGGAGGUAAUUGAUUUAUUACACACCACAAUAAAGACUAAGGCAGGAACAUAUAUUUGUAAAGAGUUUGGGAUUAAACAAAUUUUAUCCAGCUUAGAUCAAAUAAAAGACAAAAUUGAUGAGGAUGCAUUGGAAAUUUAUGAAGAUAUUAUAGACAUACUCCGUUUCAUAAAUACAGUAGAGUCAGAGGAAAAUAUAACUGUGCCCCGACUGAACAUACCUUCUAUGUCAAGCUCAGAAAGUGAGGAUGUAUCAUCCUCCAAUAAUUACUGCAACUUGGGUUGGAAUUUUGGAACAUCGAAAGAAACUGCAGAUUCAAAUGAAAAAAAGGAAAUCAACACUUCUGAUUUGACUAACACUACAGAGAGUAUCAAGCUACUUCUUUUUCCCUGGGUGGAGUUAGCUCCGUCGGAUUUAAAGACAAUAAACCUUAUCGAAGAUUCUCUUAAGCUAUUAAAAUCCACCCGAAGAUGUUGUCGGUUUAUUCGUGAUGUGUUUUUACGUGACUUUCCUCCUGAAAUUUUCUUGAAUCGACCGAAAAUAGUUAAGAAUUUGCUUUCCAUAUCAGAAGGUGCAAAUGGCGGUCGGCCAGGGGAAUCUUUGCAAGUAUUGCUAUAUAUUACUCAUGCAUUACGCAAACAACUUAUACAGUUUUCUAGUGUCGACUUGAUUCACGAAACCAACAAGGUUUCAGUUGACUGUAAAGAAUUAGAUGACAAUGUAAAUAUAGAGCUUGAACAAAUGACAAGUGAUGAUGACAUACUCCAAAUAUCACCUCACCAGGAUGAUGGUUUAGCAGCUUUGAGACAGUUGCCUGCACCCACAUAUGCCCAUGAUACUUUGCACUCUGUUUUGUCUAUAAUGGCUAGGAGUGUUGUAUUAGUUAAUACUGUUGAUAAGACUGAAGUUUUAGAUCUGAAAGAGCUGAAUACAUGUUUAAGUUUAGUCGAAUGCCUUAUUAAGUUAUUAACAGACUGCGUUAGUGAAACUUUUUGGAGCGUAGAUCACAAUUCAAAAACUCUUAGAGACAUAUCCCAUAAAAGCUGUAUGGUGAUGCGUUUAUUGGGAGAUCUUUUAAUGAAAUAUAGUAAAUCUUUUACCGACGAUUCAUCGAGGAUUUAUCAUCGUAUUGCAUGGUUACGUUUAGUGCAAUGCGCCGAGUGCCUGUUGAGUUGGGCACGGGAGUCUGCUUUGCCUCCCACUUCGUUGAUACUAUCACUGCAGGUGGCUCAGCUCGAUCCAGCACUGCAACUGUUAUAUCCAGAAAUCCAUAGAAAAAUCGCACUAGCUUUACAGAAUGCAAGAACCUCUGUUGACCAGGAAUACAAAAGUAAAUAUAGAGAACUCACCAAGUUAUUUUCUUGUAUGGAUGACGCCGUAAAAUUUAUGAAAAAUAAGAACCGUUGCCGCAAUACCAAGGAUGUUUUAAUUUGUAUAAAGAAAUCUCUUCCCGUUCUGGAAUUACAUCAGAGUGAAAUAUAUAUAAACGAUGUCGCGAAUAUGUUGUUAGAUAAAAUUAAAGAUUUUAAUUUGAAUGAUAAGGAUUGGUCUAUUGCACGUAACAUUACUUUGAAACUAAUGGCUCACAAUUUAGACUGGGUGCGUGCAAAAUUUUAUAUCAUGAUGGCAGAUAUGGUAAAGUUGGCUUUAAUCACGGAUGAUGCCCACCAAUCGGAUAUGGAAAAUAGGUUGAUGCUAUUAUGUGAUGUUGAAAUAUUAACGGAGAUCUGUUGCCAAGGACUUUCUUCAAAUAUAAAAGAGGUGGAAAGUAGUGCCUCUGAAAUAAUACUGUAUUUAUUGCGCGGGCGGAUGGUAUUCAGCGAGAGCUGUUGGUGGAGGCUGCUGGCUAGUAUGCUGCCAGUAUUCCCACUGUUGCAUGUUUAUGCAGCACAUGACACACAACUAGGCCAAGCGAUUUGGAGAUCUGUAGAAGCUGACAUAGCAAACUGUAUGGGAAUACCAGUCGCUGAUACAAUAUGGGGACGAGUGCGCAUGUUGUUUGUGCGCUGUGUUGCUAUACAGCUUGAAGCUGCGCAUUCUAUUUGCCAGUCAUUGGAUGAUGACAGAUAUUUGCCUCCGAAGGAAUCUCUACGAGCUGAUGUACUUUUGAAUGCGUUAAGAAGAGUGGAAGUUCAAGAUUUUAAUAUAGAUUAUUCCAGUUCCCCUUCUAAAACUCCACAGACUACCGGUCUUCUACAAAUAGUGGAUGUUCUGAAGCAAGACUUAACUCUGGAUGAGGAUGGAACUCGAUUAACGAGUUCGGGUCAUCUCACACUGGAACCUUCGCUUCGCCGAGGCACGUUGCAGCAGUUGGCCGUGAUGCUUCGACAGCAGGAGUUGCAUGAAACCUUUCUACAGUACGAUGGGAUCAAACUUAUUGUUGCUAUAUUGAGACUGUCGCUAAUGGUUGAUGACUAUCUCGCCUUUCCUGAAUGUGCGAUCAGCUGCGUGUCAAUAUUAAAUAGUAUUUGUUUCGUGAGUCGCCACACAUUGUUAAAGAUACAGGACUUAGCGCCGUUAUUAAUUAGAGUUAUCCUAGUGUUCCCCGCCGAUGAAUCCGCUGUGUCGAUGACCGCCCAGGUGUUAUCGCUAACGGCCUGGGCGGGGUUCGCUCUGCAGGAACUGGCGGCGUCAACCCGCCGCCGCGUGCCGUCUCUACCGGCCGCCGUUGUACAACGGACUGCACUGCCAUUCGCCACUAACACCUACUGGCACACUAGCCCCAAUGCCGAGCAUUCUUCUGUUGAGUGGUUACUCAGUGAGGAGCCGUGGCGGGCCGCUGUCCGUGUCCGGUGGUGGUGCAGCUACCACAGCGGCGCCUCGGGCCUGCUGCGCGGUCCCACGAGCCCGGGCCCGGAGCCCGCGCCCGCGCCGCUAUCACUGCAGCCCACGCCCAGCGACCUGACUGCACUAAGAGCUGCGUGUCCUCUUCGUGCGGCUGUUAACGGCUUGCUAGCGAUGGAAAACGCCACCUCUCAUAGGCAGGUGGUUGACGCGCUCAAUAUUCUGGAGAGUUAUUUGCAUCUGUUACCAUCGUCGUGUGUGACUGGAGCGGAGAUGUCGGCGUUGCCAUGGCAACAUACUCGACGGUUUCUUGCUGCGCCACCGGCGUCAUCGCGCGAUUCCGCCCUACUUAUCGCGCUCAUGCAAUUCAUUCUGAUUUAUAUGGAUACCAUACCUACUGACUCUGCAAUGAUGUCAUGGAUAAAAUCGUACUUCAUUGGGAGCGACUCCAUCGUCAUAUCUUUAUUAAGUCGUGACGAGCAAUCUCAGCUGACGCCACAAGAGAACAUUGAAGUAACACAGUUGCACAUACACAUUGUCAAAGUAAUACUACGUUGCGUUAUGCUCUUAGAAUACGAUGACUAUGAUAGCAGCAAAUUGGAAAGCUUACUAAAGAUCUUGUUGGCUUGUCUGGAGAAGAUUGAUUUGAAAAAUUUUCAUAUGCUUGGGUACUUAAACGAAUUGAUACGCUGCAUACGAUACGUUUUGCAUUCUCGUUAUUGCAAAUUGUCGGAAAAUACACUUCUGCAAUGCCUCCAAAUUAUGACGAACUCUCUCAGCGGGUGCGCGUCAGGUGGCGGCUGUAAAGGCCAGGCUUGUAGAUUGGACAUAUGUUUAGUUUUGCUGGCUUUAAUGCGACAGAUUAAUGAGGAACAGAUACCAGUUCAGAGAUGGUGUGACUGUUGGAGCGGCGAGGUGAUGCGCGCUGUAGCGAGCUGUGGGUUCGGUUCCAGUGCGUGUAUUCGCGCCGCUACCCUACAGCUCAUGACGUGUUUACUCCACCAUGUGCAGCUACUACCACAACUCUUGCAAGCGAUUCCCGAAGAAUCUCUGUCGCUUCGUGCCUGUCGUAUACUUUGUGGGCGGAAGGAAGCGAACGUAGUAAGGGCAGCAGCUGCAAGGUUACUCGCUGCUGUAACUGCCCGCACUUCGCCGCAUUCUAAUGUAUUAGAAUUAGAAGUAUUAGAACAUCUGAAGGAGAAUAGCUUUUUGGAAAACUGUUUGGAGAUUUUAAUCGACUUUUGUAAUGAGAAAGAACACAAAAGUUAUUUUGAACUCAACGUCCCUUUAUCAAUAUUAGAGCGUCGUGCUGAGCUCGAAGUCCGGGCGCAGAAACGUGCUGACAUCCACAUAUUACCGACUAGAACGCGGCUGUAUGGCCGACCGCCGCCGACUGCUGACUUGAUCGCCGUGCUAGCUGAUGUGGUUCACAACACUAGUGCUUUCACACAAUGCCCAGUACAAGAGUGGAAUGAACAGGGAUUGUACCGACUAUUGUUCAGAUGUGCAUCCUGGCGAGGCAAUGAUGAAAAUCUCGCGCAGACGCAGAAAGUACGCGCCGCGUCUUGUCGUGCUCUCGCAUUUGCAUCCAUGCAGAAAUGUGUACGCAGUUCACUGGCCGCCACUAAAGACUGCUUGUACAGUCUACUGAUGACAUUAACCCCGUUGGAAGAAGAUGAAUUUGACGUAUAUACGAUAGAGGCCCGUUCUCAGGCUUUAUUGCUACUUGGGUCUCUACUAGGCGAGCGUGCGGCCAGCGAGACCGUGUGGUAUGAGCUCAGAAACCGACAACCAAUACAUUUCUUCAGUUUACUAUUACAGAGCUUGCAAACCGACGAAAUUGAAUUUCAGUCAGCUGGCUUGUACUGUUUGUCGCAAUUAAUCGUAUCAACACACAAGAAACUCUCGGAUAAGACUACUAACAAAUCACUGAUGGACUUCUUCGAUAAUGUUAAAUCUCCAUUUGCAUUACCCGAGGGUGCUGUGACCGCAAGAAGCGGCGCAGGAGAUGUGGUAACGGACUGUCGACCUGACUAUAUGGCGGAGGAGUUGUGUAAAGCGAUUAUACAUAUAUGUCAGAAAUCUACGCUGGAGAUAAAGCAAUAUCAAUCAAGUCAAAAUGAUGCAUGGGUGCGCGCGCACGCGUGCGCGGCGCAUGUCAUAGGCGGUAGCGUGCGCGCGCGACUGUACGCCGCCCACCGGCGACUACCGCGCACGCUUCUGCUAACACUGCAAGCCUUGCGCGAUCAUCUCUCGGUUGUUGGGAAGCCGGCUGAUAUUAUCCGGAAUGCGGACCAUAAUCCUGUUUUACAUACCCUGUACUGGGUGUUGAUCGUCAUCGACUGUCAAAUGGUGAAUUGUAUGUCAGCCAAAGAGGCAUUCGCAGAAGACAACAUAACAGUCUCCCUGUGUCGACUAUGGCCGUGGUGCAUGAUGACGGAGCGCUUGCGAUUUACCAUCAUACAUCUGCUGUACACCUUUGUUAAUAAUAGUCCUAAAGCAUGGUCGGCGAUGUGCGUGUGCGUGUCGGGGCGUAGUUUGGCCGGCGAGGUGUGUGCGCUGGCGUCACGUGAGGCCACGUUGGUCACACGAUGUCGCCGCACUGCGGCUCAAGCACCGCACGCGCUGCUGUUGCUGUGUAUGGCCACGCUGCGCCGCAUACUAUCGCAUCAUCAAUGCCGCUCUAUUUUCAUAAAGAGCGAGGUGUUGCGGACGGUGUACGUAGGUGGCGCACGGUGGCGCGGUCCGUUGUCGCUGGUGUGCGAGGCGCUGGCGCGGCACCCGGAGGGCGCGGCCGCACUGCUGGCGCUGCUGGUGCCGCCCGCCUCCGCUUCCGCCUCCGCCUCCGCGUCCGCAGCCGUUCGAGCCGCACUACUGCCUGCGCUCGCGCAUGCCGCAGCUCACCAUCGUAGCGUCUUCUUGCAGUCGCCUCAUCUGCUGGAACUUCUUUCUGGCACUCUGUUAACUGGCGAUACAGAGGAAGUGACAUCAGCGUCCCGAGCUGUAUGGGCUUUAGCUGCAAAUAAUCAUAAGGCCAAGCUUCAGCUUCGAAGUAGCGGUGUAGUUGCAGCUGUGUACUCAGCAUUACAGCGGCUGCAACGCGAACUAAAAGAUCCUGCAGCACAGCGAGUGCUACAACUUCUCACAUACACCAACAAUAUCUUACAAGCUACUUAAUAACUCAAAAAUAAAUAUACUCUUGAAUAUCAUUGAAGAAAAAUAAAUCCGAAUAUAGCCUAUAGAAAACUCUUUUCUGAAAGUUUGUUUGAACUUAUUAUGUGUUUUGAAAUCGAACUCCACGUACCAGUGAUCCUGAUAAAUACUCAAUGAAAUGCUGA